UUUGUAAUUAGUUGUUGACAGAUAUUGUUCAGUGCCAGUUAUUUUCAAUAUUAACUUUGUUGUGUGUGAUGAAAUAUAAUACAUAAUAAUUUUCCGUGUAUUAUUGGUAUAUUUUCUAUUUUUAUUUUAUUAAAAAUCGUAACAUUUGGAACAAAGAGCAUACUGACGAUAGUUUUUUGCUUUACCGGAAUCAUGUCGCCAUUUUGUAAUCAGCUGUUCGUGGCGGCAUCACCUUUACUAUCCGCGCUCUCGUCAGGAGGUCUCAUUGGCUACCCGAGCGUGUUAUUACAACAAUUCAAACAAAAUGACAGCUCCAUUCAUAUUGAUGUCGACACAUCAUCUUGGAUCGCUUCCAUACAUGGCCUUGCGGGUAUUCCAAGUUUAUUUAUACCUUACAUUAUGCAACAUCGAGGUAGAAAGUUUGGCUACCACAUUUGUUGUUUACUCGUGAUGCUCGGAUGGACGAUAAUUUACUUCGCGAAGAACGCAACAACUGUUAUUAUUGGCGAAUCCUUUCAAGGUCUCGGUGCUAAGAGUCUAUUAGUAGUAAGCUAUAUGGCCAUCAGUGAGAUGGGGCAUCCACGAUAUCGGAAUAUAUUAAUGCUCUUUUAUACGACUUCACAAACAAUAGGUGUGACAUCAGUACAUAUUAUGGGCGCUUACAUUUAUUGGAAGACUAUAUGCAUUGUUAUGUUAUUGCCUGUUGUUUUUGCAUUUUUUAUGAGCUGUUUUUGGCCUGAAUCACCAGCAUGGUUAGCACAUAAAGGCAGAUUUGAAGAAUCCAAAAAAUCUUUUAUUUGGCUUCGAGGGACAGAUGAAGAGUCUGUUGCCGAAAUGAAUGCAUUGUUAGAUGCCCAGAAAAGUUAUAUACUUAAGAAAAAAACAAAUAUUUAUGGAAAAAGAAAUCAUUUUGCAAGAGAUGCCUGGGAAAAAAUAUCAAGUAAAGACUUUUAUGUGCCAGCUACUCACAUGUUCCUCCUUCUCUCCGUUUAUUAUUGGAGCGGUAACUUAGUAUUCCUCGUAUAUGCAAUGAACAUGAUAGAAAACGUAACCAAAGAUGAAAGUUCCGCUUUUGUUGCAAUGAUUGUAAUGGAUCUUGUUACCUUAUUAGGAAAUACUGUUGCCUUUAUAUUUUUUAAGCAUUUUAAAAACAAGACUGUUCUUUUAACAAGCGGAAUUGGAAGUGCUUUUUUCUUAUUGGCUUCCGCUAUUGCUUCGUUUUUACAAUUUGAUGGAUCAUUGUCAAGGGAAUCUUUAUUAUGUCUUUAUUUUUUAGUAGGAUUUAUGAUUGCAUCUAGCUUAGGAAUAUACACUACACCGUACGUAAUGGCCUCCGAGAUAAUGCCAAUGCGACAUCGAGGAAUAGGAGGUUCUUUGAUGGUUAUUAUUAUUUGUUCUUCGUAUAGUUUUACUCUCAAAAUAGCUCCAUACUUAGUUCUUUACUUAAAACUACAUGGAACCUUUUUAUUAUAUGCAAUAACACUAAGUGUAUGUCUUAUAUGGGUUUGGAUGUUUGUUCCGGAAACAAAAAAUGAAACUUUGCAGAAUAUUGAAAGACAUUUCAUUGAUACGAAUAUAAAUGAUUCUACAAAUCUAGAAAAUGACGAAGCAGAGAAAUUGAAUCUAAGAGUUGUAUUAUAGAUAAAUCUGUUGAAUAUGAAGAUACAAAAAAUAAAUAAUAUGUAGUUUAAAAAAACUAAAAAGCACGCUUUAUAUAAAAUUCUACUAAGGGUGUUAGUAUUAAUUAUUAAGUAUUAUUAUUAAGCACCCCACGCUUUUUUUACAAUAAAAUAUAUUUUUUUUACACUAUUUUCAAUUUAAAUUUAUUUUAUAUUUUUUAGUUGAAUUUUAUACAAAGCGUGCUCUUUAGUUUUUUAACUAUUAUUUAUUUUUCAUUUUUUAGUCAAAUUAGUGUAAUUUCAUCGGUCCUCGAUAAAUCUACAAAGUUUGAACGAAAUCUAGCCGUUUAAAGUGAGUCAAAAUCGCGCCCAAAGAAGUCGGUUACAAACAUACAAACAUCCAUACAAACAUACAGGUGAAGCUAAUAUAAAGCGUAUAAUAAUUGUUGCUACGAAAUAGAUGUGUUUAAAUAAAACAAACCAUUUGAAAUUCGAUUGAAAAAAAUACUUCGUCAAAUCCAAUAUAAAAUAUAAAAGGCUAAGUAACAAAAUAUUUUUUUAGUUUGAGAAACACUUCUUACGAACGUUCUACUAGACCGUGAACAAAUAAUAAUUACAACUAUUUUGUUCUUUCCUUUAUUUGGUGAAACAAUAAUAAGUCUUUCCUUAGUGUCACACUCAGAUUCAGAUGUUGAAUUUAUUUUUUAAUUCACAUUUAUAGAUCCACGACAUGACAGAUUAGGCACUUUUCAUUUAUACAUCUAUGUUAUAUUGGAACUAAAAUAUAUAACUUUGAGUUUUCACAUUUAACUGUCCAAAUUGGUUUAUAAUAAAUAAUGGACUCGA